AAAACAGUCGAUGGUUACAGAGUAUUAUAUUACAAGUAUUUAUUUAGAUCGGUUAGCUUUGUGUGUAUGUGUAUUUUUUAGUUCGUUUAGUUUUUAAUGCUCUUAUUUGAGUGAUAAUGCAAAAUGCAAAGUGUAAUAACAAUAAGUUUGAUAUUUCUGAUCACCAGUGUUCAUAACUUGGAAGGAAAGAGACCGAACAUUGUGUUUAUAGUGGCUGAUGACCUGGGAUGGAAUGAUGUCGGGUUCCACAACCCAUCUAUGAUCACACCUAACAUUGAUAAACUCGCCUACCAGGGAGUGAUUCUGAAUCACUCGUAUGUUCAACCAGUCUGCUCGCCCUCCCGACAUGCCUUUAUGACUGGGUAUUAUCCAUUCAAAGCCGGCUUGCAGCAUUUGGUAAUUGGUAACAGCCAAAAUGUCUGUUCACCUUUAAACAUGACGUUUCUUCCGAAACAUCUGAAACAAGCUGGCUAUGCCACCCAUGCUAUUGGAAAAUGGCAUCUGGGAUUCUGUAGCUGGGAGUGUACAGCGGAGUACCGCGGGUUCGACUCCUUCUAUGGUUACUACAACAGCCGGUCGGACUAUUACACCCAUUUUCGAGACAAAUUUCUAGAUUUCCACGACGGAUAUAACGUUGUCUGGGACAAGAACGGGUCGUACUCAGCCGACUUGUAUGCGGAUAGAGCAGAACAUAUCAUAGCUAAACACAACAAGAGUCAACCACUGUUUCUCUACCUACCUUACCAAAACGUUCACGAACCUUUAGAGGUACCUCCUGAAUACGAAGCUUUGUAUCCGAACGUGGAAACCCCGGGGAGAAGAACAUAUUGUGGUAUGGUGACGGCAUUAGACGCUGCUAUUGGGCGUGUCGUAGAGGCUUUGAAACAGAAAGGACUUUAUGACGAUACUAUAUUCUUCUUUACACCAGAUAAUGGCGGGUGGACUCCUUAUCAUGGUAAUAAUUGGCCUCUGCGUGGCGGUAAAAUUACAAUAUGGGAAGGUGGAACAAGAGUGGCAGGAUUUGUUUCCGGUUCAAGAAUUGAACAGACAGGCUCUGUGUUUAAUGGAUUAAUGCAUGCAGUAGACUGGCACCCUACAAUACUAACAGCUGCCGGUCUGUCCCCUGAUCCUAGUCUAGAUGGGAUAUCACAGUGGGAUGCUAUAAGUUCUGGGUCAGACGGCAAGCGGACGGAAUUCAUCUAUAAUUUAGAUGACACGGUGCCAGCGACCCAAGGCCAUGCUGGAAUUAGAAUGGGCGAUUUUAAAUUAUUGGCGGGAAACACUGGGUUAUACAAUGGCUGGUACCCACCAGAUAAAAUGAACACAGAGGAGGUGCUGGAAGAGGAAUUUAGUUUUGAGGAAAGGUUAAAAGCCGGGAACGAAUCUUACUAUAAAUUAUUUAACUUAAAAGACGACCCAAACGAGUAUAAAAACCUAGCAGACGACAUGCCAGAAAUGGUUCAGAAACUUUUAAAACGCAUGAAUGAAUACAGAAAAGACAUGAUACCCGCUAAAAUUCCACCAACAGACCCGGCAGCUAAUCCGAAAUAUUUUGGCAAUGUUUGGACUCCCGGUUGGUGUAAGAAACCAAUGUCGUGAGGAUUUAGUGGAGGGACCAUUCACAAACAAGAUUUUUUGCAUAACACGCACAAUUAGGAAUAAGGGCUGAAUGUAUUUCGUUUGAAGGGUUAACUACGGUGUUCCGUUAGGACAAUCGCUUAUGAAUAAACAAAUAUGAAAACGCGAAAAGUGGAAAACACUAAAGAUUGAAGACGAAGGGACGAAGUCGAAAACGCGAAGAGACUUGAAAUUGUCGACUUUUCGCGUUUCGUAUUUCUUUAUGUGUAGGCGAUGGACCUAAUGGAACACCGUAGUUUAUGCCAUGUAUAGACCAAUCAUCAGGAAGGUGCUGAACUACUUCAAUUUGAACUUUGAUAUGCAAAAACAUGUCAUUAUUAUAAUAGAACUAUCACCAUGAAGUGCAUAUGUAUACAUGUGUAUCAUUUAUGUCUUACUUAACCAGUAUUAAUACAGGUAGUGCAAAAUUGUGUUGUCAAUUCAACUAAUAAAAUGCAGUUUGUUUGCCAAAUUAAAAAAACAAAAACACACCAAAUAAACUAG